CAGCUUAAUAUUCUUCCAGGGAAGAAAAGAUCAAUAAGUAUUUAGAUCUAAUUUGCAUAUCCUCGCCAAUAAUUUCUACCAGAUAACCUAUUUAUGCAGCUUGCUGCCUUCUAGUUGGUGUUCAGAACUAGUUGUUCGAUCGGUUUACUAUUUAAUUAUCUUUUUUUUUGUGCAACAGGAAUUUCAGUACAAGAAGGGUAAAGUUCCUUUUUUUCUUACCUUUCCCUCAUGACAAGAUAAAGAUCUAGAAGCGCAAUAAGAUUACUCUUGGAAAAUGGGACGGAGAAAGAUGUCAAUCUCAAGGAUAGAGAACCGAACCAGAAGGCAAGUUACCUUUGCAAAACGCCGAGUAGGGCUGAUUAAGAAAACCCAUGAGCUUUCUGUGCUUUGUGAUGCCCAGAUUGGGCUCAUCAUCUUCUCAAGCAAUGGGAAGUUGUUCGAGUAUUGCAGCGAGACAUCUAGCAUGGAACAUAUGAUAAGAAGGUAUCAAUUAGUUGCAACAGAAAAUGGAGAUCCGGAAAAGAAUUAUCAAACUGAUCAUCAAUUAAUGCCUGGUGAGUUGGCAAGGAUGCAAAAAGAAACCGCGAAUCUUCAAUUAAGUUUGCAACGGUACUAUGGUGAGGGCUUGAGUUCUAUAAAGUUUGAGGAUUUAGAUGAACUUGAGCAGCAGCUGGAAUUCUCAGUCAACAGAGUUCGAGCUAGGAAGUUUGAACUCUUACAACAGCAGACGGAUAAUCUUCGAAGGAAGGAGAAAAUGCUGCUGGAAGAAAAUGAACAAAUAUACCAUCUGAUCAAUGAGAAUCAGGCAGCAAUGGAGCAGCAUCAGACGUACUACCAAGUGGCUAUGGUGCCAAAGACCGAGGAAAAUAGACAUCAUCAGGUGCUGGAACGGUACUUCCCAUUCUCUGGCCGGGAAGAGCAGCAACCCGCGGCAAGUAGUAGUAGUAGUGUGCUUCAGUUAGCAACCUUGCCUGAUCCACUUUUUAAUGAUCCAUAUCAUGAUCGUCUCCUGUAGCCUGCUCACCCCAACCUUCAAGAUUUCAGUCUCCAACACCCCAAAAAUGUUUGACAAUGUCGACUCGCAUUACAAGAAAAGAAAGGCUUCUGGUUUCCUUUUCUGUCAACUUGCAUGCAUGGCAUGCAUAUCAUGGUUCAGAUACAGCUAAACACGUUUACAUGUAUGAUUCCGUUUCCGCGGAUCAUCGAGCGAGUACUAUUAAUUUAUAUGCAUAUGGUGUUUUUUCUUUCUUUCUAUGUAUGUCUUUGUUGGUAAUUAUGUAACCUAAAAAAAAAUUAUGUAUUACUCUUUUA